UCGCCAUCAGCUCGAGUACGUGUUUUUGCAAAUCAGCUAGCAGCGUAAUCAACGACAUCAAUAGCAGUCUCAAACAGUGUAUACAUAAAUCACAAUGGCACUCGCUCUAACAGACCUCCCAUACACCAUCUUCUCAGACAUCAUCUCCCGCCUCUCCGCCACAGAAGCCAUCCUCUGCCAGCGCGUGUCCCGACUCUUCCGCGAGGCCCUCACCAGGAACGACCUCUGCAUCAGCCUCAUCCUGGCGCACUUCCCGCGCUCGCUCGAAGGCCGGCGGCUCAGAACGCAUCUCCGGAAGGGAGAGCUCGGAGCCCUUGAGCGCGGCGACUGGGCCGCCGUGUUUGCGAGGCUGGCGCGGCGGUACUUUCACCUGGGGAACGCCGUGCCCUGGAAGGUCGUCAAGGUGCCGGUGCUCAAGGACGAGAAACGGCUUCGCGGCGUGACGCCGUGGAACCGGUUCCUGAGCCUCAACGGCAAGACGGCGCCGUUCCACUUUUGGGACCCGGUAUGGACCGUGGCCCCGGCCGAAGGGCUGCUGGUCUAUCCGGCGCCGCUCGGGGAAGAUGCCGGGCUUUUGGCCCGGGAUCUGGAGACGGGGAUCGAGGUCGAGGUGCCUUUUGACAUGCGAGGCAGGAUUGUGAGGCGAGUCCGCAUCAGCCACGGGAUUCUCAUGAUUGAGUGGUGCGAGCAAGAGGCGAUCAAUGUCAUCGACGGAGCCGAACCAGUGCAUCGCCACUACGCAACCGCUUACACCUUCCGCAGGAUCGGGUCCUGGGGCGGCGUCAUUCCUCCGCGUGGCGGUAAUGCCGGUUCGAUGCCAACUUACUCCUGGGCCUUUGAGUUCCGAUGUGAAUGCAAGAUUCAUCAUCUUGGCCUGCCCGUCAGUCACCAGGACCGCUUCUUCUCGACGCACAACGCGACUCACUACGUCGUUUACACAUGGCAGCCUACACGUACUCCCUGGGAAGACGAGCCCCUUGAGCGGCUCACGAUAUGGGAGUUUGGCACUCCCUCUACAUAUAGACCAUCACAAGAUCCAUCAGGAACCGCAAACCCAGACGAUGCUUCCGGUCCAUACAUCAUCCGCAGCAUGACAAACGGCCAGCUCCGCGAAUGGGCCAUCCGCCAGAGCGAUACGCCGGCCCUGCGCGUCAUGGCCCUUGACAGCUGCACCUGGGAUGCUGCUAGGGGCACUGCCUGUGGUCACGUCUUCUUCACCGAAGAAGAACAUCGCUGGUCCGCCGGCCCUCACAGCAGCUCGAACCCUCCGCGCCUGCACCGCGUCAAAACAACGGGCAUCCCGCUGAUUGGCGAAGGCCCGCGGUGGGUAGACGACUGCGGCGGCGGAGGCGGCGUCAAUCUACCUUUCUGCUGGGGAUGCCGGUGGAGGAGACGAAUAACGGGCAUGGACGAGAACACUAACGAUGACAGUUCUGGCGAUGGCAGUGACUCUUCCCCAGAAAAGGCAUGGAGCAACUCUCAGACCUGGCCUGGCCGCGCUCCCUGCUGGCGCCACGACGACUUCCCCUACGUGACCCUCUCCGAGGUCUUUGACGCCGCGGCCGGCGUCCGCGUCAUCGCUCGCGACUGCUUCAUGCUCGAGACCCUAUCAGUGCACAUCCGGCCCAAGAUUCGCAUCCAGGGCAUCGGCGCAAGCGGCGCCAAAUUCACCGCCAGGGGAAACACAAUGUCGCGCACAACCAGACGCAGAAGACGACGCACACGAAGACCAAGCGCCGCAAGGACCGGCAGCGGCAGCAACAGCAAUGCGUCUCACCAGAACCAGAGCCAGACAACCGACGGGAACGAAACCGCCGGCAACAGCAGCAGCAGCAAGGGAGGCGCCACGACGCAGGGCCCAGACGGGCAGGAGGUCCAGUUCGCGGACGAGAUGUGGUCUGAGAUGAUGGCAAAGGGCUUCAUCUGCGGAGACGAGCGGUGGCUCGUGGGCGAGGACGUCAAGGGGGACGUCACCAUUCUCAUCUUUUGAAACAAUAAGAGCAUUGACGACGAUAUUAAAACGAAACCACGCAUACAUUCCAUCUACUACUAUACGGAAGAGUAAAAUAGAAACCCCUCAUAGUUUGUAAACACGGCGCCAAUGCAAGGAACAGGAACAUCACGUUAGGUCACGUUCCCUCUCUCCAACCCACAAAAAUAAUAAAUCACUCAUUUGCUUCGCUAUGCUGUGCCUCCUUCUCAGUCCAUCUGUGGCGUCACAACUCGUAUGUUUGGGCGCUCGCUGCCUUGAUUUGCCUCCCAUGCCCGUUUUGUUUCCAUUUUUCCAUUACCCUUCUACAUGCUUCUCGGUGUAUCUACAACUGUCCAGAUAUAAAAAGACAAUGGUUUGC